AUGCAAAAUACAAAGCAAAAUCUAAAACCCCGUAGGUGGAAACCAGCUGAAUACAAAUAUAGAAAAUCAUCGCAUUCAGACAUUUAUCAUGUACUGCAAUCCUUGCGCAAAGAUGAGGUUUUUUGUGAUAUUAAACUAGAAACAGAUGAUAGUAGAGUUAUAUUCGGCCAUAAAGUGGUUUUGGCAUCGGCUAGUCCAUAUUUCCAUGCAAUGCUCACAAAUUUUGCUGAAAAGAAUCAAAAUCAUGUUGUUGUCAGAGAGUUGGAUUCUUGUUCCUUACAGCUCUUAAUAGAUUUUGUUUAUUCUGGGGAGAUCACGAUCACUGAACAAAAUGUUCAGGUUUUGUUACCUGCAGCAAAUCUUUUGCAGUUACAAGAAGUCAAAAAGGCAUGUUGUGAUUUUCUACAGGCACAACUAUGUCCUACAAAGUUUAUUGAAAUAAUUGAGUUAGCUGAUUUACAUAGCUGUACGGAAUUGUUAACAAGUUCAGAAUUAUAUAUUCAACAACACUUUUCAGAUGUGGUAGAUUCAGAUGAAUUCCUAUCUUUAUCAUUUGAACAAAUGGUUAAACUGAUCGCCAAUGAUGAACUUACAAUUCCAUCUGAAGAAAAAAUAUUUGAAAGUGUUAUUCGAUGGGUAAAACAUGAUUUAGGUUCCAGAAACCGUGUUUUCCCCGAAUUAAUGGAACAUGUACGAUUACCAUUAACAUCAAAAGAUUACAUAUUGAAAAAUGUAGUUGACGAACCUCUUCUUAACAAUUGUUUUAAAUGUAAAGAUUACGUAAUAGAAGCAUUACAUUUUCAAUUACUUAAGUCAGAUGACCUUUUCACCAUUCCACAUAACAUCCGGACUAAACCUAGACAGCCUGGCGGUAUACAUAAUGUUAUUUUAGUGGUUGGUGGAUUAGGGUUCCAUGAAGUAGUAUUAAAUAGUACAGAAUGGUAUGACCCAAAAGUCGACCGCUGGCAGUCUGGUCCAAAAAUGAUUGCAGCACGUUGUGCUGCUGGUCUAGCUGCAUUAGAAGAUAAUUUUGUAUUUACUGUGGGAGGUAUUAUUUAUGAUUUGACUGUUCAAUCUGUUGAGGGGCUAGAUUUUUCUUCAGAAUCUCCUCAUUGGAAACCAACUGUCAAUAUGUUCUUUAAAAGACAACAUUUUGGAGUUGGUGUAAUAAAAAAUUAUGUAUAUGCCGUUGGCGGUUUUGAUGGUAUUAGACAUUUAAAUAGUGCAGAAGUUUUGGACUGCAGAACUCGAGAAUGGCGUAUGAUAUCUAGUAUGUCUACUAAAAGAGGUGGUGUUGGUAUUGGAGUACUGAAUAAUCUUGUAUAUGCGGUAGGAGGUUAUGAUGGUAAAUCAGAGCAGAGAUUAAACUCAGUUGAAUGUUAUCAUCCCAGUCUUGAUAAAUGGACACCAGUUGCAGAUAUGCGCGUUGCAGUUAUGUGGGUGUUGGCGUCUUAG